AUGGAGAAGUACGAGCCGGUUCGGGAGAUCGGGUCGGGCAACUUCGGCGUGGCCAAGCUCAUGAGGAACAAGGAGACCCGGGAGCUGGUGGCCAUGAAGUUCAUCGAGAGGGGAUACAGGAUCGACGAGAAUGUGUUCCGUGAGAUCGUGAACCACCGGUCGCUGCGUCACCCGAACAUCAUCCGGUUCAAGGAGGUUGUCCUGACGCCGACGCACCUGGGCAUCGUCAUGGAGUACGCGGCCGGCGGCGAGCUGUUCGAGCGCAUCUGCGACGCCGGCAGGUUCCACGAGGACGAGGCCCGCUACUUCUUCCAGCAGCUCGUCUGCGGCGUCAGCUUCUGCCACGCCAUGCAGAUCUGCCACCGCGACCUCAAGCUCGAGAACACCCUCCUCGACGGCAGCCCCGCUCCCCGCCUCAAGAUCUGCGACUUCGGCUACUCCAAGUCUUCGGUGCUGCACUCGAGGCCCAAGUCGACGGUGGGGACGCCGGCGUACAUAGCGCCGGAGGUGCUGUCGCGGCGGGAGUACGACGGGAAGCAGGCGGACGUGUGGUCGUGCGGGGUGACGCUGUACGUGAUGCUCGUCGGCGGCUACCCGUUCGAGGACAGCAAGGACCCCAAGAACUUCCGCAAGACCAUCGCCAGGAUCAUGUCGGUGCAGUACAAGAUCCCGGAGUACGUGCACGUCUCGCAGCCCUGCCGCCACCUGCUCUCCAGGCUCUUCGUCGCCAGCCCGCACAAGCGGAUCACCAUGGCCGAGAUCAAGGCGCACCCUUGGUUCCUCAAGAACCUGCCCCGGGAGCUCAAGGACGAGGCGCAGCAGGCGUAUUACAAUCGCCGGCCUCCUACUGUUGAUGCCGGUGCUUCCAGUAACGGCAGCAAUGGCGUGGCCGCGACGGCGCCGGAGGUUUACUACUCGGCGCAGAGCGUGGAGGAGAUCAUGAAGAUUGUUCAGGAGGCGCAGACGGUGCCCAAGGUUGACCGUAAGCCGGCGGCCGGGUACGGGUGGAGCGGCGCCGGAGACGAGGACGACGAUGAACAGGAGCAGGAAGAAGAGUAUGAGGAGGAGGAAGAUGAGUAUGAGAGGACGGUCCGGGAGGUGCAUGCCAGUGGGGAACUGGACAUGAGCAAGCUCCAAAUCUGA